GGUUAGCGGAGUUGGCUCAUCGUGAGUAUCAGGCAGGAGACUUUGAAGCAGCAGAGAGGCACUGCAUGCAGCUCUGGAGGCAGGAGCCUGAUAACACUGGUGUGCUUUUGUUGCUGUCAUCCAUUCACUUCCAGUGCCGCCGACUGGACAGGUCUGCUCACUUCAGCACUUUGGCAAUCAAACAGAACCCACUGCUGGCUGAAGCCUAUUCAAACCUAGGCAAUGUGUACAAGGAGCGUGGACAGCUGCAGGAAGCAAUUGAGCAUUACAGACAUGCACUGCGCCUCAAACCUGAUUUCAUUGAUGGAUAUAUUAAUUUGGCUGCUGCACUCGUAGCUGCAGGUGAUAUGGAAGGAGCAGUACAGGCCUAUGUGUCUGCCCUUCAGUACAAUCCUGACUUGUACUGUGUUCGUAGUGACCUGGGGAACCUGCUCAAAGCCCUGGGUCGCUUGGAAGAAGCCAAGGCGUGUUACUUAAAAGCAAUUGAGACUCAACCAAACUUUGCAGUGGCUUGGAGUAAUCUUGGCUGUGUUUUCAAUGCCCAAGGAGAAAUUUGGCUUGCAAUUCAUCACUUUGAAAAGGCUGUAACACUUGACCCAAAUUUUUUGGAUGCUUAUAUCAAUCUGGGAAAUGUUCUGAAGGAGGCAAGGAUAUUUGACAGAGCUGUGGCAGCUUACCUGCGAGCCUUGAGUCUGAGCCCGAAUCACGCAGUGGUGCACGGCAACCUUGCCUGUGUGUACUAUGAGCAGGGCCUGAUAGACCUGGCCAUAGACACCUACAGGAGGGCCAUUGAGCUGCAGCCCCACUUCCCUGACGCCUACUGCAACUUGGCCAAUGCCUUGAAGGAGAAAGGCAGUGUGGUAGAAGCAGAGGAAUGCUACAACACAGCCCUUCGACUUUGUCCCACUCAUGCAGACUCACUCAACAAUCUGGCAAACAUCAAGCGGGAGCAGGGCAAUAUUGAGGAAGCUGUGCGGCUUUAUCGGAAGGCUCUUGAGGUGUUUCCAGAGUUUGCUGCAGCACAUUCGAACUUAGCAAGUGUUCUGCAACAGCAGGGCAAGUUACAGGAAGCUCUGAUGCAUUACAAAGAGGCUAUUAGAAUCAGCCCCACAUUUGCAGAUGCAUAUUCUAAUAUGGGAAACACUUUGAAGGAGAUGCAGGAUGUUCAGGGAGCUCUGCAGUGCUACACCCGUGCCAUUCAGAUAAACCCAGCUUUUGCUGAUGCCCACAGCAACCUGGCCUCGAUUCACAAGGAUUCAGGGAAUAUACCAGAAGCCAUUGCCUCUUACCGUACUGCUCUGAAACUGAAACCUGAUUUCCCAGAUGCCUAUUGCAACUUGGCCCACUGUUUGCAGAUUGUCUGUGACUGGACAGACUAUGAUGAAAGAAUGAAGAAGCUGGUCAGCAUUGUAGCUGAUCAGCUGGAGAAAAACAGACUGCCCUCUGUACACCCACAUCAUAGCAUGCUGUAUCCCCUGUCUCACAGUUUUAGGAAGGCAAUUGCUGAGAGACAUGGAAAUCUCUGUUUGGACAAGAUUAAUGUUCUUCACAAGCCACCAUAUGAGCAUCCCAAGGAUUUGAAGGCCAGUGAAGGUCGACUGCGUAUUGGCUACGUGAGCUCUGAUUUUGGAAACCAUCCGACCUCACACCUAAUGCAGUCAAUUCCAGGCAUGCAUAACCCAGACAAAUUCGAGGUAUUCUGUUAUGCCCUGAGUCCUGAUGAUGGGACAAACUUCCGUGUAAAAGUGAUGGCUGAAGCAAAUCAUUUCAUUGACUUAUCUCAGAUACCGUGUAAUGGAAAAGCAGCAGACCGCAUCCAUCAGGACGGGAUUCACAUUCUCAUUAACAUGAAUGGCUACACCAAAGGAGCCCGAAAUGAAUUGUUUGCCCUGAGACCAGCACCUAUUCAGGCAAUGUGGCUAGGAUAUCCUGGAACCAGUGGGGCAUUGUUCAUGGAUUAUAUCAUCACAGACAAAGAAACUUCACCAGUUGAGGUGGCUGAGCAGUAUUCAGAGAAAUUAGCUUAUAUGCCGAACACUUUCUUUAUUGGAGACCAUGCCAACAUGUUCCCCCAUCUGAAGAAAAAAGCAGUGAUUGAUUUCAAGUCCAAUGGCCAUAUUUAUGAUAACAGGAUUGUUUUGAAUGGCAUUGACUUGAAGGCAUUCCUGGACAGCCUUCCUGAUGUCAAGAUCGUUAAGAUGAAGUGUCCUGACAGCUGUGACAACGCCGAUGGCAAUGCCGCCCUCAGCAUGCCCGUGAUCCCUAUGAACACCAUUGCAGAGGCUGUGAUUGAGAUGAUAAACCGUGGGCAAAUUCAGAUUACUAUCAAUGGCUUCAACAUCAGUAAUGGAUUAGCAACUACUCAGAUAAACAACAAAGCAGCAACUGGUGAAGAAGUUCCACGGACUAUAAUUGUCACUACCCGUUCUCAGUACGGCCUACCAGAGGAUGCUGUUGUGUACUGUAACUUCAAUCAGCUCUAUAAGAUUGAUCCUUCCACCUUGCAGAUGUGGGCUAAUAUCCUUAAAAGAGUUCCCAACAGUGUGCUGUGGCUGCUGCGCUUCCCAGCUGUAGGAGAGCCCAAUAUCCAGCAGUACGCACAAAACUUGGGCCUUGCCCAAAACCGAAUCAUCUUUUCACCUGUUGCCCCCAAAGAAGAGCAUGUGAGGAGAGGGCAGUUGGCUGAUGUUUGUCUGGACACUCCCCUUUGCAAUGGGCACACAACUGGCAUGGAUGUGCUCUGGGCUGGGACUCCCAUGGUCACUAUGCCAGGCGAGACUCUGGCCUCACGAGUUGCUGCCUCACAGCUCACUUGCCUGGGUUGUCUUGAGCUCAUUGCAAAAAGCAGACAGGAGUAUGAGGAUAUUGCUGUGAAACUGGGAACUGACCUGGAAUACCUGAAAAAAAUCCGUGGCAAAGUGUGGAAGCAGAGAAUAUCCAGCCCUCUGUUCAACACGAAGCAGUACACGAUGGACCUGGAGCGGCUCUACCUGCAGAUGUGGGAUCACUACGCUGCGGGCAACAAACCCGACCACAUGAUCAAAGCCGUGGAGGCCAGCGAGUCUGCAUGAACAGAGACACACUGGGCCUGCCCUCCAAACUCUCCAGGAACUGAGCCUCUCCAACACCUGUGCAGAGAUGAUCAGCUAAAAACUGUGCAUUUCUACUUAAUCUGCCUGGUACUCUGUGGCUGAAGUAAUACAUGAUGGUGAUUAAAGCACA